AUGGAGACCCUGAUCCCUGUGAUCAAUAAACUGCAAGAGAUCUUCAAUACAGUGGGCACGGAGGCCAUCCAGCUCCCGCAGAUCGUGGUCAUUGGCUCCCACAGCAGUGGAAAGAGCUCUGUUCUGGAAAUCAUUUUGGGCCAAGACUUUCUUCCAAGAGGUUCUGGAAUCGUGACUCGGAGACCCCUGAUCCUCCAGCUGGUGCACGUAGCCUCCCUGGAGGAACGGAAGCAAACGGCCACCUCAGAGACAUGUAUCCAGGCGGAGGAAUGGGCCACUUUCCUGCAUUGCAAACAUAAGUCAUUUACAGAUUUUAAAGAAAUCCAACAGGAAAUUUCUGAUGAGACAGAUUGGGUCGCCGGUACUAAUAAGGGGAUCAGUCCUGAGCCUUUGUACCUGAAAAUCUAUUCCUCAAAAGUCCUCAAUUUGACUCUGGUUGACUUGCCUGGAAUCACCAAGGUCCCUGUGGGGGACCAGCCCCCUGACAUCGAGGUGCAGGUCAGAGACAUGAUCCUGUCCUACAUCAGUAGUCCCAGUUGUCUCAUCCUGGCUGUCAUUGCUGCCAACACAGACAUGGCCACUUCUGAAGCCUUGAAACUUGCCUGGGAUGUGGAUCCUGAAGGUCGCAGGACCUUGGUAGUGAUCACUAAGCUGGACCUCAUGGAUGCUGGGACAGAUGCAAUGGAUGUGCUGAUGGGUCGAGUCAUCCCCAUGAAGCUGGGCAUUAUUGGAGUGGUGAAUCAGAGCCAGCAUGACAUCAACACACGCAAGAACAUCAGUGAUUCCCUACAGGAUGAGCAGAGCUUCUUGCAGAAAAAAUACCCAUGCCUGGCCAACCAGAAUGGCACCCGCUUUCUUGCUAAGACACUCAACAGGCUUCUGAUGCACCACAUCCGAGAUUGCCUGCCUGAGCUGAAGACCCACGUGAACGUGCUGACAGCCCAAUACCAGUCAGUACUACAGAGCUGUGGGCAGCCUGUUCAAGACCAGAAUGCCACUCUGCUGCAGAUCAUCACCAAAUUUGCCACUGAAUACUGCAGCACCAUUGAAGGCACAGCAAAGAAUAUUGAGACCUCAGAACUCUGUGGUGGUGCUCGCAUGUGCUACAUCUUCCAUGAGACAUUUGGCCGGACUCUGGAAUCCAUUGAUCCUCUGGCUGGACUAACCAUGUUGGACAUCUUGACAGCCAUCCGAAACGCUACGGGCCCUCUCCCAGCACUCUUUGUCCCAGAGGUCUCCUUUGAGCUGCUAGUAAAGAGGCAGAUUAAGAGACUGGAGGAGCCGAGCCUUUGCUGUGUAGAGCUGGUGCAUGAGGAGCUUCAGAGAAUCAUCCAGCAUUGUUCUACUUAAAAUACCCAGGAGCUGCUGCGCUUUCCCAAGCUACAUGAGGCCAUCAUGGAGGUGGUAACCAGCGUCCUGAGGAAGAGGUUACCAAUAACCAAUGAAAUGGUUCACAACCUCGUGGCCAUUGAACUAGCCUACAUCAACACCAAGCACCCAGAUUUUGUUGAUAUGACUCUUGUCUCAGCUUCCAUCAGUAGCAACAAGAGUGACACCUGCAAGCCGAAUGGUUCUAGGGGCUGGAAGAGUGAGAAAGUGGGGGAUGAAACUGUUCCUGAGGAAAAGGAGAAUCCCAGAUCAUCUGAGUUAUGUGGCUACUCUAAUACCAACCGAACACGUGCCAUCAACCUGUUAGAUGCGCCCAUGCCAAUUGCCAGAAAACUGAGUCAAAGAGAACAGCGCUACUGUGAGGUAAUCCGCAGACUGAUCCAGUCCUACUUCCUUAUUGUCCGGAAGAACAUCCAGGACAGUGUCCCCAAAACAGUCAUGCACUUCCUGGUGAACUAUGCCAAAGACCACCUGCAGAGUGAGCUGGUGGGACAGUUGUACAAGACCGAGCUACUGGAUGGGCUGCUGACUGAGUCUGAAGACAUGGCCCAACAGCGAAAUGAGGCAGCUUCCAUGCUCAAGACCCUACAGAAGGCCAACCAAACCAUCUCUGAAAUCCGAGAAAUUCAACUUUGGUGAGUGGUGUUCACCAUGCCUGCUGCCCUGAGUCUGCUGUAACCUUAGGGGCAGAGCUGCCAGCUUUUGUUUUUGCCGACCUCAUUCCAGGCCCUGUUGCCUCUCUUGUCUGUACGUUCUCAUCAUGAUCCAGUUCAACAGGCCUUGCUAUGGUCCAUUUGACACCAAGAAUCAAGCUCCCAAGGAUGGUUCUGGGGGUAGGGACUAGAAAAUGAACAUGGCUACUUGAGGGAGUCAGCAGAGAAGAAUCAUCAACAUAGCCAUCUUUUCCCUCCACCACCCUACCCUCAUUCUGGGCAUGGCUUCCUGUAUCUACCCACAUGGUAUGGCCUAGUGUAAUGAGCAUGUCUGUCCCUCUUCUCUAAUUUUCUUGGUAGCAUGGAGAGUGGACAGGGUUAGGAGUGCAGAUUUGGCCCAUCUCUGUGUCUCUCUUCCCUCCUUCCCCUUUUUGCUGAAUGAUGAGGAUAUCUUGGAAGCAAGUAGGAUGGGCAGCACUCUAGCCUUAGGUGAAGGAGGGGGGAGUGCCACCAUGGACCAGGCCAAGCACCAGGAUGCCACCACCAUUUCCUCAAGACCAGGCCCAAGGUCCCCUGAACAUGAAGGGAGAGCAGUCUAAGAGUUUUUUGAUUGAGGUCUAUAGUU